GUUUUAUCUGGCUGUGGAGUCUUCGAUGGAAGCGAAAUCCACGAAGCUUCUGCUGCUUUAGUGAGCUUAAGUCGUGAAGGAGUGAAAUACUCUAUAUUUGCGCCUAAUAUUCCACAAAUGCAUACUAUCAAUCAUCUGAAUGGACAGGAGGAAAGUGUCAACAGGCAAGUCCAAACUUACAAAUCAGCACGAAUUGCUCGAGGUAAUAUCGCAGCUCUUGAUACUUUGGUAGCCAAUGAUUAUGACGCCAUUGUAUUCCCUGGAGGGUUUGGAGCAGCGAAGAAUUUGUCUACUGUUGCAGUUAAAGGCCCAGACUGUGAGGUAAAUGAUGAAGUGCAACGUGUUAUCGUAGACUUUCAUAAGUUGAAAAAACCCAUGGGAUUUUGUUGCAUCGCCCCAACAAUCGUGGCCAAGGUUCUUGGAACGGGUGAAGUAACUGUAGGGCAGAGUAAAAACGACGACGGGAAAUGGCCUUAUGCCGAUACUGCACAAGCAAUUGAAAAAAUGGGAGCCAAGCAUCCCAAUUUUAUGACUGAUAAACAUUUGCUUAACUGCUUUCACGAAAUUCAUGUUGAUCAAGAAAAUCGCGUAGUGACAACUGCUGCAUUUAUGUGCGACGCCGACUUUCAUGUGGUACACGAUGGUGUUGCUGCCAUGGUCCAAACAGUUCUUAAGAUGGCCUAA